UGUGCCGGUAGGUGGGCGGCCGGAUCGGGCUGUGCUGUGCGGCGGGGCGCUCCUCCUUCUCCUUUUUUCUCUCCUCCUUUUUGUAAAGUAAUAAUUAUUUUUAAAAGGCUCCUCUCUAAUGAAACAAACCCUCAAAUCCUGCGGUUUAUCGUGAAUAUGGAUGGAAUGUGGAGACUGAAACGUGCACCGAGCAGAGAGGCACAACCAGGUGCUGGCAGGGGCAGCAGGCAGGCAGCCCAGCACAGGGGUUGUUCCAGCCGGGAUCCAGUUUUCCAGAAACUCUGAAUAACCGAAUUGCAGAGAGCAUCACUGCCCGGAGAAAGCCAGCACCGAAACCGAUCGGCUUCCUUGCAAGACAACGAGAGAACUGCCUCUGCAGACUGUAAGGCAUACAGGAUUUUUCAGGAACUGUUUGAAAACCUUUAAAGCUAAUAGCAAUUGAGCCUCAGUAUCAUUCACCACGCACCACUGCUGCUCCGUUGGCUUUCUGCCACCUCAUAGAAUCGUAGAAUCACUCAGGUUGGAAAAGACCAUAAAGAUCAUCGAGUCCAACCCCAACUACCCUAACAAACCUCUGCUGAAUCACGUCCCCGAGCGCCACAUCCAAACGGUUUUUAAACACAUCAGGGCUGGUGCCUCAACCACCUCCCUGGGGAGCCCAUUCCAGUGCUCAACAACCCUUUCUGUAAACCCUUUCUGUUUCCUGAUAUCCAACCUCAUACAUCAUCACAGUGGCUCACUGAGCCAGCAGAGCUGCACCUUCUGCAGCAGCUUCACCUUUGUCCUCCAUGCCUCCCUAGAAAGCUGCACGCAGAGCGGCUUGGCCACGUUAACUGCAAUGCAGCAGACCUGGUUUCCACGACUUGUCCCUCCUUGCUGACGUGUGCCCAUAUUUUCCAGUUGUGCCACACAUACACCAGGCUGAGCACGCUGGGAGCCCUCAGUUCUCCCACUGUUCAUCAUUUUGAGGCCAGGACCUGACACUAGCAGGGAAGGGAAAAUGCCUUUUUUUUAAUACAAGCACCUACGAUGCAUUUUAUCAAAGCUGCUACCGCCAUCUGAACACAAAUCAGAGUUUAUUUUAUUCCCGGACUGUUCCUAGAGGGCAGCUGCGAGGCACCCGGCGCCGCACGAGGGCUGUAACCCUGCAGGAAGCUGGGCUUCUGUUCUUUGAACCACGGGAGCUGUAGUCGCCGUGCUGAGGGCUGAGCUGCGUGCAGACUGCGCUUCCCACAAAGCCCUGCUGGCAGGAAGCCCUUCUCGGAGCUGGCAGCGCUAUGAAAGCAGAAAGGACCCGGGUGGCACAGCUCUGAAUUCCCGGCCUGUCUGCUGCCUUGUGCUGCCUGUCCUCUGCCUGCACAGCAUUUCGGCUCAACAUGUUUCCUGCCAGGAAGCUCCCAGGAGGCUGCAGAGCCAUCAGACCACACCAUCUCCAGCACCGCUCUGUCCCCAGCGUGUCCCCAAACCUGGCUUUUGUACCGGCCUGCCUCCCCCCACAUCCCGCAGAAGUAGAAGAGAUGCAGCGUUUUAUUUCCAGCUCCAAGAAGCUGUUUGUAAUGACCGGAGCUGGAAUCUCCACUGAGUCGGGGAUCCCUGAUUACCGCUCAGAAGGAGUGGGGCUCUAUGCCAGGUCGGACCGGCGGCCCAUCCAGCACGUUGAGUUCGUGCGCAGUGCCAGCGCCCGGCAGCGCUACUGGGCAAGGAACUUCGUGGGCUGGCCACAGUUCUCCUCCCAUCAGCCAAACACGGCCCACCUGGUGCUGAGGCAGUGGGAAAAGCUGGGGAAGCUGCACUGGUUGGUGACCCAGAACGUGGAUGCGCUUCACACCAAAGCUGGGAGCCAGCGCGUGACAGAACUGCACGGCUGCACGCACAGGGUUUUCUGCCUGACCUGUGGUGAUCAAACCUCACGCUCUGAGCUUCAGGAGCACUUUGAAGCUCUGAACCCUAGCUGGAAAGCUGAAGCCCUUGGUGUGGCUCCAGAUGGGGAUGUCUUCCUCACGGACGAGCAGGUGCGCAAUUUCCAAGUCCCAGCUUGCAGGAAGUGUGGUGGAAUCCUGAAGCCUGAUGUGACGUUCUUUGGAGACACAGUGAGCCGGGAAAAGGUGGAUUUUGUGCACCAACGGCUGGCAGAGUCAGACUCCAUGCUGGUGGCAGGAUCCUCUAUGCAGGUGUACUCUGGUUACAGGUUUGCGCUGGCAGCCAGAGAGAAGCAGCUGCCAAUAGCAGUCCUCAACAUUGGGCCCACGAGGUUAGAUCACUUUGCAUCCCUCAAGCUGAAUUCCCGCUGUGGAGAGCUGCUGCCUUUGAUAGUUGCACACUGAGCCAACGAGCUGAGCAGCAGUGGCUAUCAGGGGUAAAAUUCUCUCUACAAGGACUUCAUCUCUCCACAGGGGAAUUACUUCGGUCUGAAGGGCAGCCAUCAGAUCUUUACAUGUGGCACCCGGUGAUGCCAGGAGAGGGCAGCAAGCCUCACACGUCAGCCUGACAGUUUUCUGCACUGAAACCGUCUCCACUUAACAAGGAAGGAGAAGAAUGAUGGAAAGGAGGGAGUUUUUUUUGCCUUCCCUUACUGUGUAAACAGUUCCUUUUCUUUGCAUUCACUGGCAGAGGACCGGACUGGGACAGGAUAUUCAGGCAUCUGAGAACAAAAUACUUUUUUUUUUUUUUAAAUAGUUGUGAAGGAUGGAGGACAGGGAGUUUGACAGAGUUACUCCACACAGAACAGCACAGGAGAGUGAUAUGGAACACCCAGUACCAGCUGGAUCCCAGGUCAUUUGUGGGCAAACACGGAGCAUACAGAGAGGGUAAAGGAGGCAAAAAGAACUGCACAGUUGUCAUUCCCCCCAGAAAUGGAUCAAAAGAGGAGCUGAACAAGAAUACUGCUCUUGUAAUAAAUUAUUUGAAAGCACGGGCUACAGAGCUGAUAUCAGCAAGGAGGGGAAGUCAGCACUGCUCUAACUGCCAGCUGAACUGCUUACUAUCAACCUUUUAAAAAUGGCAUAUUGUUGAGAUGCCAGAGGAUUUAGUUUCAGCUAAUCUGACCAGAGCUGCUUUCAGUGUCACUGCUGCCUUUUCAAAAAUGCAUUUCUAAAAGGUGUUAUUUAAUUAAUGAAUAGCUAAGUAGCAAAUUAAAAUUGUUUACAUGA